UUGUCCAUUAGUCAACUCUCUCUGUCAUUCAUCAAUACUCGUAUCAUAAAACUCAGGCCAAAAAAUAAAAAUAAAAAAAAUAAAAAAAAAAAUGAAAGAAACUCGGGCAAUAAAUCGGUGCCACCCAUCACACGUCAAAUAAAUAACAGCCCACCCUUUUUGCAGAAUCUCGUGUCCCAUCUCAUUUCUCAGCGCAAAAUUGCCCAUGAAUAUAUUAAAUUAACACCAUCUUCAAAAUGCGUAAAAUCCCAAGCCGAAAACAAAAAACCUCUGCCUUCGAAGGCUUGUCCAUUUGGGUUUUUGGUCGCUUUUAAGUUGAUUGGCCAUUAAUCCCCUAUUCGUGUUAUCGUUUGAUUUUCUUGAUUUUGUUUUGUGGUGUUUGCAGAGUGGACUGAUUAUUGAGGACUUUCAUGUUCUUGAUUUCUUUCUGAAAAGUAUCUAAAGGAAGGUACAACUAUUUGGCCCUCCUUGUUUAUAUUCAACUUUCUAAUGUUUUUUUAAUUAUUUUGGCAAUUUCAUUUUGUGCUAAACUAGGAUGGUGUAGUUUUCUUUAUAGGAUAUAUAUAUAACUGUUAAACGAAACGAGGCCGUUCGUGAGCUACUAGGCUCGAGCUCGUUUAAGUACCGUUGAUUAGCCAAGUGUUUAAGGCUUGUUAGCCUUGAAAAAUAGGAGGUUUUACGUAAUUUUAUGAACUUUUUAGCAUAAUUUGACUCGUUAAGACUCGUUAACAAACCGGGUUCGAGCUCUAAACGGCUUAGUAUCAAAAGCUCGAGCUUUACAACUCUAAUAGGACAAGACAUAGUUUAAGAUAUCGUUUCUUUUUUUUAAAACAAAUGUUUUCUGAUUGAAUGUAUAUUUGUCUCUUAUGUUUGGGUUAGUGUAGAUAAUAGUUUCACCUGGCCAGAGUUUCUAUGCAUAUGUGAUAUGACUACUAAAUCAUUGUGGCCAUUUUGCAUUAUCGCAUUAUUGCAAUCUUAGUAAUCAAUCGUUUUUGCUGUAUGUCAGAUCAUAUAAAAUUGCAAAAAUUUAAUAUGCUUGUGUUUCUGUCAUGUUCUGCUUGAUUAUGUUAUUCCUUCAAUCGAGCGUCGAUUAGUUUUGAACAAUGGAGUAGCUAGUUGUGGUUCUUUGUAAUAAUUCAAUGCAAGUAACUUCACAAUUCACAUUACUCUACUAUCAGAAAACAAAAUCCCAUAAAAAAGCUAAAAACCAGAUGGACCGUGAGAAUCAAGCACUAGAACCAAGAAAAAGUAGUUCUAUUGGCCGAUUGAGCCGUGAAAGUUCUUCUUCUAGAAGGCAUUCUUUACAAAAAAACGAGACCUUUGAUGAGAAUGAGUCCGUUUCGGAAGCAGGGGACAUUGGAGACAGAGCCCUCCACAGUAACCGUUUCUCGUUCGACAGCUUUGCGAAUAACGAGGUUGUUUCUAUUGACGAGGUUGCUCCAUCUCAAGGGAAUAAGGAUGAAUUGAAAGAAGUGCAUUGGUUGUUUGAGUAUGUUACAUGUCUCGUUUCACUUGCCGUGUUCGGAAUUUUAGGGGUUCUAGUUCGAUAUUGCCUUCAGAAGCUCUUUGGACCCGAUUUAGUUGGUGCAACAAGUGACCAUAGUUACAUGUACCUCGAUCUUCCUUCAAAUAUGGUUGGUUCUUUUCUGAUGGGUUGGUUAGGUGUCGUUUUUAAACCGGACAUUUCACAAAUUUCGGACCAAUUAGCUAUUGGGCUGACAACAGGUUUUCUAGGGAGUCUAACAACAUUCAGUGCUUGGAGUCAAAAGAUGCUCGACCUCAGCAUUGAGGGCCGGUGGGUAUUUUCAUUGCUCGGCAUUUUAUUAGGAUUGUUUCUAGUCGCAUAUUCUAUAAUUUUCGGGAUCGAGACUGCAAAAGGAUUCAAAUGGCUUCUUACAAAAUCGGAUAUGAGAUCACUUUAUGGCACUAAAACGUGCUGCCACAGUUCCUAUAUUUCGAAUGUCACAUUUAUGGUGAUGCUUUUGGUGAUGUUGGUUCUGUUAUGGGGUUUGUUCGGAAGCUUAGCAGGGAAAGAGUUUGAAUCGGGUGGUAAUGGGCCCGAGCUGUUUUUGGCUUGCACAGUUGGGCCUUUUGGCGUGUGGGCCAGGUGGUUCAUGGCCCGUUUUAACGGUCGUGGAUUGGGUAAAAAAGGUGUGGUAAAAUGGAUGCCGUUCGGGACUCUUGCUGCAAAUGUACUCGCGGCUUGUGUGAUGGCUGCUUUAGCAACACUCAAGAAAGCAGUUAACACUAAGAAUUGUGACACGGUGGCAUCGGGUAUCCAGUUCGGGCUGCUCGGUUGUCUGAGUACGGUUUCGACUUUUAUUGCCGAGUUUAAUGCAAUGAGAGAAAGUGAUUAUCCAUGGAGGGCUUAUGCUUAUGCAACUAUUACAUUUCUAACAUCAUUUGUGUUGGGAACUUUAAUAUACUCUGUACCUGUCUGGGCCAAGAGAUACAAUUAGA